CCCAAACGCCCGAGCGGGGCCGAAGUCGAUGUGUUUUCUGUGAUUGGCGCACAACUGGUGAUCAACUCACUCGAUUGGCCCCCACCGGGUCUGGUAUAAAAGCCCACGAGCCCUUCUUUUGGGACAUCAUUUCAUUUGCAUCAGUCGGUUGUUAUAGCAUGGUACUAGCGCACAUCAUCAACCCCUUCUAUUUAGAUAUAUCCCAUAAACGCGCCAACAGUGCGCAUAUUUACGUCUUGUUUGACGACUUUAGGGAAGGAGCCUUUCCCAUUUGAUUAGUCUUUUUCCAAUUUCACUAACAUUCCAUAAAGAUGUCGCAAAUCCCCAAACUACCAACUACGGCCGUCACUGUGACCGAGAGCCCUCUUUAUGUCAAGCUGCUGACGGCGGGCACCGCAGCAUGCGUGGCCGACUUCGUAACUUUCCCUCUUGACACCGCCAAAGUUCGUCUGCAGGUGCAAGGCGAGGGUCGAGCCGUUAUCGCAGCAGCCAUGGCCACGUCCGGUCAGGCAGCUGUGGUGGUGCCGGCUGGUCCGCAGUACCGUGGCCUGGUGGGCACAAUCGCGACCAUGGCGCGCCAGGAAGGCGCCAGGAGCCUGUACAAUGGUCUCUCUGCUGGUCUCCAGAGACAGAUGUGCUUUGCUUCUGUGCGCUUGGGCCUCUACGACACUACCAAGGCCUUCUACCAGCAGAUUUUGGACGGAGGAAACCCAAAAGUUGCUGGAUCGAUUCACGUUGGCACUCGCAUUGCCGCUGGCUUCACCACAGGCGCCCUUGCCGUACUUUUGGCGCAACCCACUGACGUGGUCAAAGUUCGAUUCCAAGCUGCCCAGAAAAACAGCUCGUCUCCGCGCUACAAGAGCACCCUUCAGGCUUACAAAACGAUUGCGAAAAAAGAGGGCGCGCGUGGAUUGUGGAAGGGAACUUUCCCCAAUGUUGGUCGCAACGCAAUUGUCAACGUGUCCGAAAUCGUUUGCUACGACAUCAUCAAAGAAACCAUCAUCAAGAACAACCUCAUGACAGACAACGUUCCAUGCCAUUUUACCUCGGCUGUGAUUGCAGGAUUUUGCACAACCGUUUUCGCUUCUCCCGUGGAUGUGGUUAAAACUCGUUACAUGAACUCAGCGCCCGGCACUUACAAGGGCGCCAUCGACUGCGCCAUCCGCAUGUUUUCUCAAGAAGGACAUUCUGCCUUUUAUAAAGGAUUCACCCCUUCGUUCUAUCGCCUGGUGAGCUGGAACAUUGUGCUUUGGAUCACUUACGAGCAGUUGAAGAAAACGAUCAGCAACUCGCGUCGCUUUGAAUAAAAAUUUGAGAGCUACUCUUCAACGCUGCAUCCUCUAUCUGAGUUUGAAUGGAAAAUAAUUGUGCAUUAUUCUGUAUGAUUGUGAUAUGCUAUAUUUAAAUAAUACUUAGCUAUGACUUGCUAAUUAUUCACACCUGACUUUACAUUUCAAAUACUAUAUUAUAUGUAUAAUUUAUGUUGCUAACGUACAAUAUUGUUCACGUGUCUCAAUGUUAAAAAUAAAAGGGCCUGCCGCAGUCCAGCGUAACAUAAACC